AUGAAGUACCCCCCCGCGAUGCAGCGACUGGGCACCCCCAAGCCACAGCUGGUCUCCCACCACUCGGACUACACCGCCGGUGAGACGGUGGGCGGGCUCAGCGUGCUGUUUACCGUGCUGUGCAUCGUCGACCUGUUCGGUGUGUUCCCGGUCAUCGCGCUGCCUAAGAGCGUCAUUGCUUGUGGUUACUACGGUAUUCCGUUGGUGCUGGCCGUGUUUGGGCUGCAGAUUUACACGUCGAUGCUGCUCGGUCGGUGCUGGAUCCUGGCGCGGCAAAUCGCGCCUGACAUCCGGGAGAAGAACAGGUAUCCGUACGCCGCCGUGGCGGAGCUGGCGUUCGGGCAGCACGCCAGACGACUGGUGACGUUCCUCAUUGACGCCACGGUCUUCAGCGCUGGCGUGCCCAACUUUAUAGUCGCAUCCCAAAGCAUGCAGCUCUUCUGGUGGAAGAUCACCGGGGGCGAGGUCGGCAUCUCCUACUGCGUGUGGAUGAUCAUCAUAGGGCUGCUGCUCUGCCCAGUCAUGUGGCUCGGCUCUCCUAAGGACAUGAAGCCGCUAGCCGUGACAUCUGUGGGCAUCGUGUCGACGGUAGCCCUCUGCGUCUGGACGUGCAUCUUACUGGACGACUCGUCGCCGCCCAGCGCUGGUAUGCUGGACCAGCCUCAGCUCAAAGACCUGGUUAUUGCUUACGGCAUUAUGGCUUUUCAGACGGGAGCCAGAUAUAUAAAUGCGUCUGUAUGUGCAUCCUGCUGGACAACUUCCGGCAUCAUAGCUUUUCAGUUCGACAUCCACCCGAUGCUGCUGACCAUCCAAGUAGACAUGAAAGACAGCCGUAAGAUCAACCGCGCGGUGCUCUGCGGGUUCGCCUUCACCGGAGCCCUGUUCGCGAUCACGUCCGUACUCGCCGCGUACCGCUACGGGAGUGCGGUGGAGACCAACAUACUGCAAGGGAUCCCGCCGUCCAUAGCCCUAUUCGUGGUGGCGCUACUAGUGACGCUCCAGCUCUGCCUCUCCAGCGCCGUUGGCAACUCCGCGCUCUUCCAGCACGUCGAGGAUCUGCUGCACAUACCCAGAGAUUUCAGCUGCCAACGCUGUCUCCUCCGCUCCAGCAUCGUCGCACUGGCCGUUUUUCUCGGAGAGAGCGUGCCAAGCUUCGACGUGGUCAUGGGUCUAGUUGGAUCCACACUGACAGGCCCGCUAAUGUUCAUAUUCCCACCUCUCUUCUUCCUGAAGCUGUGCCAUGCGAAAUCAAACCUCAAAGAUCUCAAAGAACAAAAUGGCGACGUGGUCCCGCUUAUUAUUCACAAUGCUUUAGAAACUCAGUACAAAACCUUUGUUGAGACGCAUGACGAGUCUUAUUCCAAAGUGGAGCAGUAUAAGAUUAAGUGGUACGAUAUAUUUCUGGCUAUAUUAGUGAUGUCGACGGGGAUGGUGGCGACCGUGGUGUCAUCAUAUUCGAGCUGGUCGGACGCUGUGAGUUCGGCGACGUUUUCGACGCCGUGCUUGUAUAACGCGACUGCGGCGGCUCGAAGCUUUUUGGAAGUGACUACGAAAAUAUAAGUCAGAAGUGAUCUCAGUAAUACAAAAACAUUUGAUUUGAGA